CCCCUACUAUGGCCAGCAGGGGCCCGCAGCAGCAGCCCACUAUCGGCUUUCCCCGCAGGAGGAGCUCCCGCUGCCUCGCCACCCCCACGGUCAAGAGCGGCCCUGACCCCUCCACCCUGCGGCUCUCGCCAUGCCCCAGAGCCUCCGGUCCUGCGGAGCCCGGCCGGGCGGCCUCCAGCACACUUUCAGCCCGGCCCAGCCUGCUUCCCCUGAGCCCCCGCAAGCGCCUGGGCGAUGACAACCUCUGCAACAUCCCCCACGCCCAGCCCUGCUCCCCGGUCAAGCGCAGCAAGGAGAACCAGGGGCGCCGCUUGCUCUUUGGGGACCCCUCAGCCUCCCCUGAGAAGCUCAGCAGCCCGGGGCUGUCCCUACAGCGUGGAGGGCAGGAUACCCCUGAGAGAUCGGGGCCUGGUGGGCAGCCUGCCCGCAGCCGGCUCUUCAGGCAGGAAGGCACCUGCUACCAGCAGGCCAAGCGGGCACUGCACGCGGCAGCGCCCGAGCGCCUCCAUGCCAGGGAGAGGGAGAUUGGCAUCAUCCGGCAGUUCCUGCGGGACCACGUCUGCGGGCGCCGGCCUGGCAGCCUCUACAUCAGCGGUGCCCCUGGCACAGGGAAGACAGCCUGCCUGAGCCGGGUGCUGCUUGACUGCAAGGGUGACCUCGCCGGCAGCAAAACCAUCAUCCUGAACUGCAUGGCACUGAGCAGUCCAGCGGGCAUCUUCCCUGCCCUGGCACAGGAGCUGGGCCUGCCUGGUGCCACCGGCCGGGAGGGCAUGCGGAGACUGGAGAAGAAGCUGACAGCCCAGGGGCCCAUGGUCCUGCUGGUGCUGGACGAGCUGGACCAGCUGGAGAGCAAGGGGCAAGAUGUGCUCUAUACCCUCUUCGAGUGGCCACGGCUGCCAGGCUCCAGGCUUGUCCUUGUGGGCUUGGCCAACGCCUUGGACCUGGCUGACCGCAGCCUGGCCAGGCUCAGUGCCCACCCAGCUGGCAGCCCUCAGCUGCUGCACUUCCCACCCUACACCAGAGAGCAGCUCACUGCCAUCCUGACAGAGCGGCUGGGACAGGUGGCCGGUGCCCCUGUCCUGGAUGCUGCUGCACUCCAGUUCUGUGCCCGCAAGGUCUCCGCAGUCUCUGGUGACGCUCGCAUGGCUCUGGAUGUCUGCAGGCGCGCAGUGGAGGUGGUGGAGCUGGAGGUGCGGAGCCAGACCCUGCUCAAGCCUCUGCCUGGUGCAGACUCCUCGGCGCCCCCAGUCCCCCGGCGCGUGGGGCUCCUGCACGUCUCCCGCGUCCUCUCGGAGGUGUUUGGGGACCGACUGGCGGUGGGGGGACGGGGGGCCCAGGACAGCUUCCCCCUGCAGCAGAAGUUGCUGCUCUGCUCCUUGCUGCUGCUCGCCCGGCGCCUGCACACCCAGGAGGUGACACUGGGGAAGCUCCACGACACCUACAGCCAGGUCUGCCGGCAGCAGCAGCUCCCUGCUGUGGACCAGGCUGAGUGCCUGUCCCUUGUCACCCUGCUGGAGUCCCGCGGCAUCCUCGAGCUGAAGAAGGCCAAGGAGGCUCGGCUGGCCAAGGUGUCUCUGAAAAUGGAGGAGGCAGCAGUGAAGCACACGCUGCAGGACAUGACGCUGGUGGGCAGCAUCCUCACCCAGGGACUGCACUAG